CAGUCUGUGGUUAUAUAGACUGACCCUUGAGGGUUUGAUCAUUUACGGUACACACACUCCAUGGUGCUCUCAUGUGUCAAAGAGAAAGAAAAGAUGGACGACAUAGAUGCCAUGUUCAGUCACCUGCUCGGAGAGAUGGACCAUCUCUCUCAGAGUCUAGUUUCUGCACCCAAUGAGCCAGAAGGAGAUCCUGAUUCACGUAGAGAGCGCACCAUCUCCAUUGGGUUCACAGACCUGAACGAGUCUCUUAAUCAACUGGAGGAUCAUGAACUGGACGCUCUGGUGGCUGACCUGGGUUCAAAGGCGACCUCACAGGAGCUCCUGACUCCUGACGAGUGCAGCACCCUUACAGAUAAUACACCAGCACCACCUGCCAUGCCUCGGGAGCCGGAGCCGGAGCCGGAGCCAGCAGCUCAUCUUUGUCCACCGAAACACACUGCUGGAUCGUCCACGGUGUUGCAAACAAGCAAACCCCAGACGAAGGAAGACAAAAUCAAACUGGCUCUUGAGAAGCUGAAGGAAGCCAAAGUGAGGAAGUUAAUAAUAAAGGUGCUGUUGAGCGACGGCAGCUCAAAGACGAUGAUGGUGGAUGAGAGACAGACAGUGCGAGAGGUUUUGGACACGCUGUUUGAGAAGACGCACUGCGACUGCAGCAUCGACUGGAGCCUAAGCGAGACCAACCCCGAACUGCAGAUUGAAAGAGGCUUUGAGGAUCAUGAAUAUUUAGUGGAGCCUCUCUCCGCUUGGACACGCCAGAGUGAAAAUCAAAUCCAUUUUAUGGUCAGACCCCAGAAGUAUGUGAUGUUCAAAGACCCUCAGGUAUUUUACAUGUGGAAGAAGAAGAAAGCAUCUUUGAGUGAGAUAAACCAACAGGCCAGAGAGCUCCUAAUCAAGGAACAUUUUGGGGGCUGUACUGUGAUUGUUCCUGAUCUUGAGGGCACACUGUACCUAAAAGAAGAUGGGAAGAAGGUGUGGAAACCUCGCUUCUUUGUGCUCAGGGCCUCAGGCAUCUACUAUGUACCCAAAGGAAAAACAAAGUCUUCCAGUGAUCUCGUCUGCUUUGUCCGUUUUGAAAAUGUCAACGUCUACAACACGGACAACUACAAGCAGAGAUACAAAGCUCCCACCAACUUCUGCUUCAUACUUAAGCAUCCCUGCAUCCAGAGGGAGUGUCACUACAUCAAGUUCCUGUGCUGUGAUGACAAACACACUCUGAUGCUUUGGAUCAACUCCAUCAGAAUAGCCAAGUAUGGGGCCACUCUCUAUGAGAACUACCAGGCUGCACUGAAGAGAACGUCCACUCUGCAGACUCUCCACUGCGCCGCACAGAAAGAUAGAGCCAAUGGCCACGCCCCUCAGACCAGCCAACAGCCGGCGGGCGCAGAUGAUGAUGACUUCCCAGACGAGCCUCCUCCUGACUUCAUCCCUCCUCCCCCUCCUGGACAGACACCCAUUUGAGGCUGCCUCCUCCUGCACACAUCAGCUGGCCUGGGUGUAGCCUAACAGGAGGCUAACAGUGCCACACAAACGCGUACUGUAGCAGCACAGUUACGCGAUUCAAAAUAGCUUUUUAUUUGUAAUUUAUUUUCACAGCUAUAAUGGUAUUUAUUUUGUAUUUUGGACAAACGUACAAUUGGGAAUGUCGCAGAAAAAAGGACACCGGUGUCAUUUGUUUCAAUGAGCUGUUUAUUACAAAAAGACUGUACAUAAAUUUCAAUGAACACAUCCUUAUGUACAAACUGAGAGGAGAAGACAAAUAUCAGGUUCUGUUCCCAUGAACAUUUAAGUUACAGGUGUCUUUUUUUUUUUUUUAACUUCCACAUUU